AUGGCACUAGUAUCCAAAACUCUCUAUAGAAUGGUUCCAACAAAACUUAAAGAAUUAAAGCUUCAAGUUGAUGACAUGACUCAAAAAGGGCUUAUAAAACCUAGCAUAUCACCCUGGGAAGCACCGGUAUUAUUCAUUAAGGAAAAGGAUAGUUCAAUGAGAUCAUGUAUAAAUUAUCGAGAAUUGAACAAAGUAAUAAUUAAGAACAGAUACCCACUAACUAGAAUAGACAAUGUAUUUGAUCAGCUGCAAGGAAUGACUAUAUUCUCUAAGAUUGAUCUACGCAGUGGAUAUCAUUAUUUAAAGAUUAAGGAAGACGAUAUCCCUAAGAUAACCUUUAGAAUAUUCCAUUCAAAUGAAGAUGGAUGUGAGCAUUGUUUUGAAGAGCAUAAGAAAAGAUUAACGUCAGUACCAAUCUUAUUUACAUAUGCAAUUUAUAACUACACAUCAAAACAAGGUUUAGAUUGUGCAGUGAUGAAAGUUCAUGAGGCUAAUAUAGUAGCCGAUGCUUUGAGCAGGAAAACACCAAAAAGGUCAAGAAAAUUAAAUAAGGAUGUGUUAAGAGCUAGUAUAUUAGAAUUUUUGAAAAAUUGGGAUAGUCAUUUACCAUUGAUCAAAUUUGCUUAUAAUAAUAGCUUUUAG